AAUAAAAAAUGGGAUAGGCCUGAAGAUGCUCUUAGGUGCGGAACUGUAAAGCGUUUACCGGUUGGAAUCGGUCACUUUAAUCCAGUUCAUUUCUUACUCCACUCACUCGGUCGCCUCUCUCUCUCUCUCUCUCUAGGUUUCCUCCAUCUGUGGUUUUAUUCUUCGCAUCUCAUUUCUGCUCUGUUUCUUACUCCCUGAUCGCCGAUCUUCAAGUAAUGAAGCCUGUCAAAGGUAAGGCAGCGGUGAACAAAGUCUCCAAGGAUGCGUUGAAGACCGUCAACGACAGAAAGGUUGGGAAGAGUAGCAAACCACCAUCUAAGAAGGUCGGGGCAGCCAAGAAAGACCCCAACAAGCCCAAAAGGCCUCCCAGCGCAUUUUUUGUAUUCCUGGAGGAGUUUAGAAAGACCUUCAAGGAAAAACAUCCUAAUGUGAAGGGUGUUGCAGCUGUUGGCAAAGCUGGUGGAGAGAAAUGGAAAUCCAUGUCCAAAUCUGAAAAAGCUCCCUAUGAAGCCAAAGCUGCCAAAAAGAAGACUGAGUAUGAAAAGGUUAUGACUGCUUAUAACAAGAAGCAGGCAAGCAGGACUGAUGAUGCUGAUGAGGAAUCUGAGAAGUCGAAAUCUGAGGUUCAUGAUGAUGACGAGGAAAGCGGGGAGGAGGAUGGUGUACCUGACCUGCACGAGACAUCAUCUGAACCAAAAUAACAGCAGUUGUGCAUGAGGGAGGGUGUGAAGGAAAUUCGCACAUAGUCUGGGCAAGGAAUUCCCUUGCAAUAUAUAAGCAUGAGGGAAACUAGAGAAGGUGCAUUCUGGAGUUGAAUUCUACAGUUCUACUCAAACCUAGUAACUGUGGGUGCGCAGAACGUGCAUUGCCACAAGCACGAUGACCUUGUGUGGAUUUCUUAUUGGGGGGAAAAUCUGGAAACUGAAACGAUUAAGAAAACACGGAGGAAGUCAAUUCUCGUCUGGUCGGAGACUCUUUGCUAAAGUUGUGCAGGGAGGUAGGUGGGAGGACGCUGGCGUGGUUUCAGAUUCCGAGUGAACACAAUUUUGACUUCGACUCCAAUGAAGAUGAAAACUAGUAAAAAACAGACCCUCGCUUUGCUAACUUAUGCACACCACACUAUUGAGAUGAUCUGGUUUGCUGGAAAGUAAUGUGCAUACUCAAACCUGUCCGGGAACCUGCACAGGGUAUUAUGCUACAAACAAACAUUGAUGGGCAAUGCCACCAAAUUCGGAUGUGAGAGUAGAUUGAGAUGAUCACACCUGCGGAAAUUGAGAGACAGAGACACAGAGUUCUUCCAUACAGGUAUAGUCAAGACCUUCGGUACCACAGAUAUUAUUAACUACUUAAACUCAUAUCAAGGUUCUCACUUCUCAGUGCCAUAAUGCACCAGUUAUGUUAUCGACCUACUGCCGAUCAGAACAGAAGUCUACAACACUACUUUACCCACUCCCGGGGUUUCCUUUAACGAAAGCACUUCAACACAAAAGAAAUCAGGAAAGACAAAACUUUCAAGCAUUCUACAAAACUUGGCCUAGAAAUGAAUCCACCACAUUAAGUCCAAACUUACAUUAUUCCCGUGCCUCCAAGCAUGCCUUCAGCCAUCAAACUCCUCAUGCAGCCACCGUCUGCUUGUUGGCAAAUUCAAUGCCCUUAUCAAUACUAGCCUUCAGUUCCGGCUUGAGGGCUUCCAGAGCCUUCUGCUCAAACUCACUCAAUCCCUGGAGGUCAGAAGAAAUGACUGCCUCAACUCCUUUCUUCCCAAGCUUCACCCUCGAUGCAAAGAAUGGAAGAUCAGUGAUUUCAGACUCUACAAAACAACACUCAUAGACAUCGCUAUCUCCGUCAAGAGCACGGAGAGACGAUUCGACGAAUCUCGCCGCUGCAUAAGCCAUUGACAGGGUCGCAGACCCCGCCCCAGC